CGCGCAUGCGUGCAGCUCUCUGGAGGCGGUAGCUUCUUCGGCGUCGAGACUGGAGGCUGAGUGCUAAACUGUGUGGGGCGCAAAUGGGAUCCGGCUGUUAGUCGGGUAGGCAUAGUAACAAAGCAUGAAAUAAAUCCCCAGUGUUUUUCAAGAUUAUUUAAAAGGAUUUAUAAUUACCGCUCAGCACCUAGGACAGCACCCAAUGCAACACUUUCUUUGUGUUAUUCUUGGAAAAUUUCGCACCACUUGUGAAUUCCUUGAACCUGGGCAUUGCAAACCCACUUCUGUUGGGCCCAUCUCCUUUGCACUUUGCUCAGAUUAAGACUCAGUUGGCGCUUCAGCAGCUGAAUGCCGUUGCCUCACAUAGUUCAACACCACCUUAUACUUUAUUAAAUCAGGCUUUCUUGAAAAUAGCCAUGUCGAGACCCAGGUUUAAUCCUCGAGGAAACUUUCCACUUCAGAGGCCACGAGCACCUAACCCUUCUGGGAUGAGGCCUCCAGGACCAUUUAUGAGGCCUGGAUCCAUGGGUCUUCCAAGAUUUUACCCAGCAGGGAGAGCCCGUGGAAUUCCACACAGAUUUGCUGGCCAUGAAUCUUAUCAGAACAUGGGACCACAGAGAAUGAAUGUUCAGGUAACUCAACACCGAACUGAUCCAAGAUUGACCAAAGAAAAAUUGGAUUUUCAUGAAGCACAACAAAAGAAGGGGAAGCCUCAUGGCAGCCGGUGGGAUGAUGAGCCUCAUAUAUCUGCAUCAGUGGGAGUGAAACAAAGUUCUAUAACACAGGUUACAGAGCAGAGUCCUCAAGUGCAGAGUCGCUAUACAAAAGAGAGUGCCUCAAGUAUCUUAGCAAGUUUUGGAUUAUCUAAUGAAGACUUAGAAGAACUCAGUCGCUAUCCUGAUGAACAGCUAACUCCUGAAAAUAUGCCGUUAAUUUUGAGGGAUAUAAGAAUGCGAAAAAUGGGGCGCCGAUUACCCAAUAUACCUUCUCAGAGCAGAAAUAAAGAAACGCUUGGUAAUGAGGCAGUUUCGAGUAAUGUGAUUGAUUAUGGGCAUGCAAGCAAAUAUGGCUACACAGAAGAUCCACUUGAAGUACGUAUUUAUGACCCUGAAAUUCCAACAGAUGAGGUCAAGAAUGAAUUUCGGUCACAGCAGAGCAUUUCUGCAUCUGUUCGCACUCCAAAUGUGAUAUGUAAUUCUAUGUUUCCUGUUGAAGAUGUGUUUCGACAGAUGGACUUCCCCAGUGAGUCCUCUAAUAAUCAGUCCUUUUUUCCAGUUGAGAGUGGAACUAAGAUGUCAGGCUUACACAUUUCAGGAGGACAGUCAGUCCUUGAACCUGUAAAAUCCGUCAGUCAAUCCAUUAGCCAAACAGUUAACCAGACAAUGAAUCAGUCUCUUAUUCCUCCAUCUAUGAACCAGCAGCCUUUUUCAUCAGAAUUAAUUUCAGCUGUAAGCCAGCAGGAGCGGAUCCCACAUGAACCUGUGAUUAAUUCAUCUAAUGUACAUGGAUCAGGAGGAAGUAAAAAGAAUUACCAGUCAGAGGCUGACAUUCCCAUUCAGUCGCCCUUUGGGAUUGUGAAAGCAUCAUGGUUACCAAAGUUUUCACAUGCUGAUGCCCAGAAGAUGAAGAGACUUCCAACUCCCUCUAUGAUGAAUGAUUAUUAUGCAGCAUCUCCAAGAAUAUUUCCACAUUUGUGUUCUCUGUGUAACGUAGAAUGUAGUCAUUUGAAGGAUUGGAUUCAGCAUCAAAAUACAUCUACUCAUAUUGAGAGUUGCCGCCAGUUACGUCAACAGUAUCCUGAUUGGAAUCCUGAGAUCCUCCCAUCAAGAAGCAGAACAGAGAUCCAAGCAAUUAGAAGGCCGAGCAUCUGUUCUGAUUGCUUCUUAUUUAUCUGUGAGGGUGAAUUGCGUCAUAACAAAAAUGAAGGCAAUAGAAAAGAAAAUGAAACUCCAAGAAGACGUUCUCAUUCCCCCAGUCCUAGACGUUCUAGGAGAUCAAGCUCUAGUCACAGAUUCCGUCGAUCUCGAAGCCCUAUACGCUAUAUAUACAGACCAAGAAGUCGAAGUCCAAAAAUUUGCCAUCGUUUCAUUUCUAGAUACAGAUCCAGAUCCCGUUCACCGUAUCGAAUGAGAAAUCCAUUUAGAGGUAGUCCAAAAUGCUUUCGAUCAGUUAGCCCUGAAAAGAUAUCACGGAGAUCAAUGAGAUCAUCAGAUAAAAAAAAAGCAUUAGAAGAUAUAGUACAACGAUCUGGACAUGGGUCAGAAUUCAAUAAACAGAAACACCUUGAAAUAGUUGAUAAAGGACAUUCACCAGCACAAAAGCCUAAAGCUGGCAGUGGAUCAAAGCCAUCAGUUAAAUCUACAAACCCUACAAAGAGUGAUGCAAAUUUGGCAAAUUUGGGGGGACAUUCUGCUCGUUACAAAGCCAAGAAUAUUGAAGAUGACACCUUACCAGAAUGUAAACCAGUGUCUGAAAAAGCUGUUUCUCUCCAGCGUAAGCUUCGGAAAGACCAGUCUUCGCAUUAUGGGUCAGUUCUUCUUAUAUCUGAAUUACCAGAGGAUGGCUGUACUGAAGAAGAUAUCAGAAAAAUAUUUCAACCGUUUGGGAAAGUUAAUGAUGUCCUUGUUGUUCCUUAUAGAAAAGAAGCUUACUUGGAAAUGGAAUUUAGAGAGGCGGUUACUGCAGUCAUGAAGUACAUUGAAACAACUCCUCUUCUGAUAAAAGGGAAAAGUGUGAAAGUAUGUGUUCCAGGAAAGAAAAAAUCACAGAACAAAGAGAUGAAGAAGAAGACCUCAGAUUCAAAGAAAGCAUCUGCAGCUGCUUUAAAAAAAGAUAUAGAUGCUUCCAAAGCUGUGGAAACUGUGACUUCAGCUUCUGCCACCAAAACUGGACAGGCCAAGACAUCUGGAGCCAAAGUCAGUAAGUCUUCAGGGAAAUCAGCGGGUUCUGUAAAAUCUGUGGUAACAGUAGCUGCUAAAGGUAAUAAAGCUUCAAUCAAAACAGCAAAAUCUGGUGGAAAGAAGUCUCUAGAAGGCAAAAAGGCUGGCAUUGUCAAAAACAAAGAUACCAAUAAACCUGUGAUUGUACCAGAAAACUCUGAAAUAAAGACCAGUAUGGAAGUCAAAGCCACUGAAAAUAGUGCUAAGGAAACUAUUUCAGAAGCUGCUGUGGAGGCCACAGAGAAAGAACCAGUUAACAAGGAAACAGAGGAAAUGUGUGUGGUACUUAUUUCUAAUUUGCCUAAUAAAGGAUAUUCUAUAGAAGAAGUUUACAACCUAGUAAAACCAUUUGGUGGUUUAAAGGAUAUUUUGAUUUUAUCAUCUCAUAAAAAGAUAUUUAUGGAAAUAAAUAGAAAAUCUGCUGAAUCUAUGGUAAAAUUUUAUACCUGCUUCCCAAUAUCAAUGGAUGGAAAUCAACUCUCAAUAAGUAUGGUUCCUGAAAACAUGAAUAUAAAAGACGAGGAAGCUAUAUUUACAACCUUGAUUAAAGAAAAUGAUCCAGAGGCAAAUAUAGAUAAAAUUUAUAAUCGAUUUGUACAUCUUGAUAACUUACCAGAAGAUGGACUUCAGUGUGUGCUUUGUGUCGGACUUCAGUUUGGAAAAGUGGCUCACCACGUAUUCAUGAGUAAUAAAAACAAGGCAAUUCUUCAGUUAGAUAGUCCCGAAUCUGCUCAGUCAAUGUAUAGUUUUCUGAAACAAAAUCCACAGAACAUUGGUGAUCAUGUUUUGACCUGUACAUUAUCUCCAAAAAUGGACUCAUCAGAGGCUCAAGCUGACAAAGACCCAGAACUAGGAAAAGAAAGCCCUGACUUGAAAAACAGUCCAGUUGAUGAAAGUGAGGUGCAAACAGCAGCUGAUAGUCUCUCUGUUAAACCUAGUGAGGUUGAAGAAGAAACUGUUCCCAACGUUGAAACAGAAACUUCUGUACAGCAGGAAGAACCUUGUGAGGAAGAACCUGAAAAAGCACUAUGUGACUCUGACUUUACUAUUGAAACGUUGGAAGUUGAAACUCAAGGAGAGGAGGUCAAAGUGGAAAUUCCUCUUGUAACAUCCACUCCAAUCAGUAUUGAAUUAUUCACUGAAAAUGUAGAGGAGUGUGUUUUAAAUCAGCAGGUGUAUACCAGUGACUUCGAGAAAGAAGAGGCAGAAAUUAUUAACCCUAAAACAGAAUUACCAGCAUCUGACACUGCAUUUAUAGAAGAAAGGAACAUCAAAGGAAUUCUAGAAGAAUCUCCAUCUGAAGCAGAAGACUUCUUUUCUGGGAUUACACAGUCCAUGAUAGAAGCUGUAGCUGAAGUAGACAAACAUGAAAUUGUUUCAGAAAUAGUACCGUCUACUUGUGUUGUGACCCUGGUACCAGGAAUUUCCACUGGGAAUGAGAAGGCAGUGAGCAAGAAGGGAAUUUCUGACAAAAGUAACAUGGAUGAAAAGGAGGAAAAUGAAUUUAAUAGUAAGGAAACCAGAAUGGAUCUGCAAAUAGGAACAGAGAAGACUGAAAAGAAUGAUGCUAGGAUGGUUGCAGAGAAGUUGGAAAAGAUCGUGGCAGCAGUGAAAGAAAAGCCUGCAGAAAGUGCUGUGUCCAAGGCAUGCCCAAAUAAAGGAAUGGGUCAGGCCAAUAAGCCUGAUGAAACUAGUAAAACUAGUAUGUUGGCUGUAUCAAAUACAUCUAGCACUAAAUCAAGCAUCAAAGCUGGUAUGGUCUCUUCUCCAAAGGUAAAAGCUACAGCUUCAAAAUCCGAAAACCAGAAAAGUUUUCUGAAAUCUGUACUCAGAGAUCAAAUAAAUGCUGAAAAGAAACUUUCAGCCAAGGAAUUGGGUCUCCUUAAACCUACAAGUGCCAGAUCAGGCUUGGCUGAAAGCAGCAGUAAAUUCAAACCCACUCAGAGCAGUGUUACCAGAGGAGGCAGUGGAAGAAUCUCAGCCCUGCAAGGCAAGGAUUCGGAACUGGAUUACAGGGAUAUUACAAAACAGUCUCAGGAAACUGAGGCUAGACCUUCCGUCAUGAAACGGCAUGACAGCAACAAUAAGACUUUGGCUGGGCAAAACACUAAGAACCCUAAAAGCACCACUGGUAGAAGUUCCAAAUCUAAAGAGGAACCAUUAUUUCCAUUUAAUUUGGAUGAAUUUGUCACUGUGGAUGAGGUUAUAGAAGAAGUAAAUCCUUUUCAAGCCAAGCAAAACCCACUAAAGGGAAAAAGAAAAGAAGCUCUCAAAAAUAACCCUUCCUCUGAAUUUAACUUAAAGAAGAGGAAGGGGAAAACUCCUGCCCCUCGUGUUGUUGAGGGGGAAUUAUCUUUUGUAACAUUGGAUGAGAUCGGGGAAGAAGAGGAUGGAGCUGCACACCUAGCGCAAGCCCUAGUCACUGUGGAUGAAGUAAUUGAUGAAGAAGAAAUAAAUAUGGAAGAAAUGGUAAAAAAUUCAAAUUCACUUCUUACAUUAGAUGAGUUAAUUGAUCAAGAUGAUUGCAUUUCCCACAGUGAACCUAAAGAUGUUACUGUACUGUCAGUGGCUGAAGAGCAAGAUCUCCUCAAACAGGAACGCUUGGUAACUGUGGAUGAAAUUGGAGAAGUUGAGGAGCUACCUUUAAAUGAGUCGGCCGACUUAAGUUUUGCUACUUUACAUACUAAAGGAGAUGAGGGAAAUACUGGAAGGGAUCCCAUUGGGUUCAUUUCUUCCCAGAUGCCUGAAGACCCUUCUGCUUUAGUUACUGUAGAUGAAAUACAGGAUGACAGCAGUGAUCUGCAUUUAGUGACUUUGGAUGAAGUGACUGAAGAGGAUGAAGACUCUCUGGCAGAUUUUAACAACCUUAAAGAAGAGCUUAAUUUUGUUACUGUUGAUGAAGUUGGAGAGGAGGAAGAUGGAGACAAUGAUUUAAAAGUUGAGUUAGCACAAAGCAAAAAUGACCGUCCCACAGAUAAAAGAGGGGAGAGAAAAAAAAGAGCUGUGGACACAAGGAGGAUGAAACUUGAAGCCUUUUCCCAAGUUGGUUCAAUAAGUGAGAAUGUUAUGGAAGAAGGUCUGAAAACCAUGAUUCAAAGACACUUGGCAGCUAAAACGCCAACCAAGAGAGUUAGAAUUGGGAAAAUGCCACCAUCGGAAAAAGCUGUUGCGAAAGACCCAAUGAAAGGUGAAGAGGCCUUCCAAAUUAGUGAAGUUGAUGAGGAAUCUGGAUUAAAGGAUUCAGAACCAGCACGAAAACGUAAGAAGAUUGAGGACUCUUCUUUAGGGAAAUCAGUGGUACCUGAUGUCCCUGAAGAUUUAGACUUCCUUGUACCGAAGGCUGGAUUCUUCUGUCCAAUUUGUUCCCUCUUCUACUCAGGUGAAAAAGCAAUGACAAAUCACUGCAAGAGUACACGUCAUAAGCAAAAUACAGAGAAGUUCAUGGCCAAGCAGAGAAAGGAAAAGGAGCAGAAUGAGGCUGAAGAAAGAAGUUCUAGGUGAUUGGGGGAAAGGGGAAAGACUUCAUUAGAAAUUCGUUUAGGGUCCAGUUGAUUUGUGUAUUUUUGUUAUCACUUAAUUUGUAAUUUUUGUUUCAGAAACAAAUAUUCAUGUUGUACAAAUUUCUGAUUGCCCUUGAUGUGGAAAGACUGACGGGGAAAGUAUGAUGGGUUUGAUUUUUAUAUCAAAUCAUCAGGCAUGGAGAAAUAUCUUUUAGAAGUGUUAAAAUAAAUGUUCCUACUGUAUAUUUAAAAUACC